UCCGUGUCACUAGGCAACGGCGACCUGCUCAUGGCUAGCUUGUGUUGUACGUGUGCUAGCUAGGCUAGGCGACCGUCCCGUGGACACAAACAUGGACGCUGAUGAUCUGGACCUGGACCUGGACGAACUUCUGGACGAAGUGGAAGAAAAGUUCUGUCGCCAUGUUUCUGUCGCGUCGUCAGCACGAGGACACGCGGACACGCGCGAGGAGGUGAGGCAGAAGAGGCACACGCGCAGUGCCACGAAACCCACAGUCCAGAAAAACAGCAUCAGCGAGGACAUCGACGCCCUCCUGGAAGAUCUGCUAGACGACCAGCAGCACAGGGACACUGCUCAACUGAAGAGGGAACAGAUUCCAGCAGAGAAGAAGCCGUCGUCUCAGUCUGGAGGGAGAAGGUGCUGUCCCGUCUUCAUCGGCGGGAGUUCACUCACUAACGGUGUUGGAACAGCCACAACCAAGAGGUCAUGUGACCAGUUGAGGUGUGUAUCCUGUGACUUUGGGGUGCAGAUGUUUGAUGACUGCGAGUGGGAAGCAUCCUGUGAUUACCUGUUCUUCAGAAACAACAUUCCGGACCGUCAGAAGCUCCAAACCAAACUAAAGAGGAAGAGAGGUUUCCGGGCAUACGCCUGCCAGUGCAGCUGGUUCUCCUCCUCGUCCUCCUCCCUCGCCCUCCUCCUCCCUCCCUCCUCCUCCUCCUCCUCCUCCUCCUCCUCCUCCUCUGAGCUGACAGAGCUCAGGCUCCAGCCUCAGCUCAGAUGGGUCUGUGGAAAACACCAGGACUGACGUUCACUCCUUCUGGAACGGCAUGUUGAACCAGUGAUGUCACAGACGAGACAGCUGAGGGAAAGUCACUGAUAAACCAUAAUAGGACGUUAGGAAAAGGGGCACGACCUGAGGGUGGCGCUGUAGCCACUCCCAAAACCAGAACCUCCAACUUCCACAGGAAACUCUGCUGUGUCCAUGUGUUUGUGACACAUGAUACAUGAUACAGCUGGCUUUAAAAAUCUACACACAGUUUUACUUCUGUAUUUAACACAAAGUGUUGUUUUAGCUGAAAGUAAUAAUAAUGUAAUAUCUGAUUGUGAUAAAAGUUAAAUAUUAUUUCUUUAAAUUAAAGUGAGAUUGUCUUUGUGGUGGAAAAACA